UGUAGCUGCUUCCGGGUCAGAGGUCAGACGAUUCCGCGCAGUGUAGGCCAUGGUGCAGCUCCGACCGCGCGCGUCUCGCGCCCCGGUGUCCGCAGAGGCUAUGGUGGACGAGGGCCAGCCGGCCUCGGAGGAGGAGGCGGAGCACGGGCUGUUGCUCGGGCAGCCCAGCAGCGGUGCGGCCGCCGAGCCGCUAGAGGAAGACGAGGAAGGAGACGAGGAAUCAGACGAGGCCCCGGAGGAGCUGACUUUCGCCAGCGCCCAGGCGGAAGCGAGAGAAGAGGAGCGACGAGUGCGGGAGACCGUGCGCAGGGAUAAAACGCUCCUGAAGGAGAAGAGGAAGCGACGAGAGGAGCUGUUCAUCGAACAAAAGAAAAGAAAACUCCUUCCAGACACUAUUUUAGAGAAGUUAACCACAGCUUCCCAGACUAACAUAAAGAAAUCGCCAGGAAAGGUGAAAGAAGUUAAUUUGCAAAAGAAAAAUGAAGACUGUGGAAAAGGAAAUGACUCCAAGAAAGUUAAAGUACAGAAAGUACAGUCUGUCAGCCAGAAUAAAAGCUACCUGGCCGUGAGGCUAAAAGACCAAGAUCUGAGAGAUGCAAGACAACAGGCAGCACAAGCCUUCAUCCAUAAUUCUUUAUAUGGGCCAGGAACUAACAGGACUACAGUAAAUAAAUUCCUGUCUCUUGCUAACAAGAGGUUACCAGUGAAAAGGGCUGCUGUCCAGUUUUUGAAUAAUGCUUGGGGAAUCCAGAAAAAACAAAAUGCCAAGAGGUUUAAAAGACGGUGGAUGGUCAGAAAGAUGAAAACUAAGAAGUAAAUCAAAGCUAAAUGAAGAAUCUGUAUGUAUAGAAUUUAAUAAAUCAUUCAUAAAUCAUUUUAAAGGA